AAUGCACGCUCGUUUUGCACUAGCAUUCCUGCCUCCUCCUAGACAUCACAUCCGGGUCACUCGGCAGUCAGCGUGUAAGCGAGCGUGCUCCUCCAUACAGUUGCGUACUGCUGCUGCAGCUCUCAGCGCAACUCCACUGCAUGCAACAUGGACACUACGAGCAGCGGCCAGCCGCGGAGGAUCUGAGCGCGCCUCGGGACUCGCGAUACGCCACACCGGGGCAGGGAUGAGGUGCCAUCCAGCAGCCGCACACUGGUAGGCGAGUCGUCAAUUGUCAGCGAUGUCAAAGAGUCUGAAGAAGAAGAACCACUGGACGAACAAAGUCCACGAAGCGGUGCUCACCAGGAAUAAGGAGGGCGAGCUGGGGUUCGACUUGAAAGGGGGCGCCGAGAACGGCAAUUUCCCUUAUUUUGGGGAGGUGAAGCAGGGUAAGGUGGCCAUCCAGAGCGGCAAGCUGUCCCAGGACGAGCUGCUCUUGGAGGUCAACGAUACACCGGUGGCGGGGCUCACCAUCAGGGAUGUGCUGGCCGUGAUCAAGCACUGCAAAGACCCGUUCCGGCUGAAGUGCGUAAAGCAAGGAGGUGUUGUGGAUAAAGAUCUCCGGCAUUAUCUCAACCUACGGUUCCAGAAGGGUUCAGUGGACCACGAGCUUCAACAAAUAAUACGUGACAACCUCUACCUCCGGACUGUGCCGUGCACAACGAGACAGCCCAAAGAGGGGGAGGUCCCAGGUGUGGACUACAACUUUGUGAGCGUUGAGCGGUUUAUGGAAUUAGAGAAAAGUGGGGCUUUGUUAGAAAGUGGAACAUACGAAGAUAACUUCUAUGGCACGCCAAAGCCUCCUGCCGAACCCACGCCGAUGCUGUUUAAUGUGACGGACCAACUCUUGCCCGGUGCCCGACCCAGUGCAGAGGGAAAAAGGAAGAGGAAUAAGUCCGUCAGCAACAUGGAGAAGGACAGCAUUGAGCCACCAGAAGAGGAGGAGGAAGAGAGCCCAGUCGUCAAUGGCAACGGCAUCGCCAUCACACCAGAAUCGAGUGAACACGAGGACAAGAGCACUGACGCUUCCGGAGAUGUGCCUGUCCAGCCGUGCCCACCCGAGACCCCCACCCUCACCACCACAGAUGCCCCUGAGGAGGAAGGAGACACCCCCAAGUCCCCACAGGACUCCCAGGAGAAUGACGAAAUGGGCCCUUUGCCAGAUAACUGGGAGAUGGCCUACACUGAGAAAGGAGAAGUUUACUUCAUAGAUCACAAUACCAAAACGACGUCAUGGCUCGACCCUCGACUAGCAAAGAAAGCCAAGCCACCAGAGGAGUGUGAGGAAGAUGGUGAUGUGAUCGUCUACAUCAAUGACAUCUGUGUUUUGGGCACCACCCAUGCUGAUGUGGUGAAGCUUUUCCAGUCCGUCCUCAUUGGGCAGAGUGUCACCCUGGUGCUGUGUCGAGGUUACCCUCUCCCUUAUGACCCAGAAGACCCCUCCGCUAGUUCCUCAAUGCCCCCUUUGGGCCUAGUGGAUCACCCAUUGCUGCUCAAUGGAAGGAACAACUAUGAAAAUUACAUGGAGUACAUGUCUUUGACUGGACGCUUAGUACCCGAGCACGGUGAGGGCCUUACCUCGCAUCCCCAUCCUGGAGACACACACCUGGACGGCUCUCAGCCUCCAUCCCUGACCACACCGGGACCCCCACCCGAUGACAGCGUCUCCAUGGCGUCAUCCUCAGGCGCAACCACCGGCGCUCAAGUGGCCCCUGAACUUAUGAGUCUCACUAUAACCAAAGGCACAGAGGGUUUUGGGUUCACCAUCGCCGACAGUCCCACAGGGCAAAGAGUCAAACAGGUUCUGGAGCCGCAGGGUUGUCCGGGGUUAUGUGAAGGAGAUUUGAUGGUGGAGAUUAAUCAGAAGGGUCUCCAGGGACUCAACCACACACAGGUGGUGCAGCUGCUCAAGGAAUGUCCAGUGGGAGCAGAGGCUACGCUUGUCAUUCAGAGAGGAGCAGCAGCAGGCCUCUACACACCCUGGGAUCCCACAAAACAGUGGGACACUCAAGGAAGCCCCCAGACCAGCUUGUCGGCUGCUUUGCUCCCCCACGGUACCCCUCAUCCCGGCCAGACGCUCCAUCGCUCCUCUGUUCCGGACACAGAGCCCUUCCACCUGGGCAAGCCGGACCCCUACGACCUCUAUGAGAAGUCACGUGCCAUUUAUGAAAGCAGACAGCCAGUCCCUCCUCGGACACUGACAGACUCUACAGGUGUGGAGUAUCAGGAAGUGGAAGUGCACCUGCUGCGUGAGAAGACCGGCUUCGGCUUUAGGAUCCUAGGUGGAGACGAGGCGGUGCAGGCUGUGAGUCCGGAGGCCCGUGACAAGAUUGUGAUCGGAGCAAUCAUAGAGAACAGCCCUGCGGAGCGCGACGGCAGACUGCGUCCGGGAGAUGAGCUAGUCUCGGUUGACAGGAUGCCCGUGGCGGGGAGACCACACCACUACGUCAUCGACCUCAUGCACGCGGCAGCACGAAGCGGACAGGUCACCCUGACCGUCAGGAGGAGAGUUCUGCCGCAGCAGGGCCACCCUUGUGAGGAAAACGGCGCAGCGGCCAAUCAGAGCAGUUCUCCCCGGGGUCAUGCCGUGUGCCCGGUCAACUUGCCCCCCACCACUGAUGUAGUUAUCCAUCGUAAGGAAAGCGAAGGCUUUGGCUUUGUCAUCAUCAGCUCCCUCAACCGUCCAGAGACCACGAACACAAUAACUGUGCCACAUAAGAUCGGCCGCAUCAUCGAGGGCAGUCCGGCUGAUCGCUGUGGGAAGCUGAAAGUUGGUGAUCGUAUUAUGGCUGUCAACUGUCAGUCUAUCAUCAACAUGCCUCACGCUGACAUUGUCAAGCUGAUCAAAGACGCUGGACUCACUGUCACCUUGCACAUCAUCCCUGAAGAAGACGUAAACGGUGCUCAUUCGGCCCCUACAUCAGAGAAGCAGAGUCCCAUGGUGGCCCAGAAGCACAGCCCUCAGACUCAGUCCAGCCCAGCAGCCCAGCAGAGCCCGACCAUGGCUCAUCCCAGCCCACCAGCCCCCCACCCCAGCCCGGCCACCACGCAGCCCAGCCCCCUGCUGAUGGAGCUGGGCCUUGGAGCUCCGCACAGCAGCCCACCAGUGACUCAAAGCAGUCUGCCUGUGAGUCAGGCCGGCCUGGAGGCCAUGCAGUCGGGCUCAGCUGUGACUCAGGCUGCUCCUGUUGUGGAUCCGGGCAUACCGGGAGUUCAGCCCACCUCCGUCGGAUCAGUGCCAGUCCCACCACAGCUGUACCUUCAUGACACCAGGUCGGAGGUAAAAGCCAGGCAGGAUGUUAAACCAGAUAUCUGCCAAGCUGCAUAUACAGACUACAGACAGCCUCCGGUGGACUACAGACAUCCUCCUGUAGCAGACUACAGACAGCCGCCCACCAUUGAGUACAGACACCCACCUGCUCUCAUAGACUACAGACAGCACUCCAUCGCCGAUUACAGACCACAGGACUAUGACUAUUUCACUGUGGAUCUGGAGAAAAGUGUGAAGGGAUUUGGCUUUAGUAUCCGCGGAGGACGGGAAUACAAGAUGGACCUGUUUGUGCUGAGACUGGCUGAGGAUGGACCUGCGAUCCGCAACGGCAGAAUGAGGGUUGGAGAUCAGAUUAUUGAAAUUAACGGUGAGAGUACGAGAGACAUGAGUCACACUCGUGCCAUCGAGCUCAUCAAGGCUGGCGGUCGUCGAGUACGUCUGCUGUUGAAAAGAGGCACGGGACAGGUGCCAGAAUAUGGAAUGGUACCUACCAACCUUACCAUGUGCAUGAAAAGCGACACUCUAGCCUCACCCUAUUUCUUCAUAAUGGGACACUCUAAAGACACGACAGUGCCGCCUCCCGGAGUGCUGUCUCUCCAGCCGCCCCUGCCUUGUCGGAAGUAGUCUCACCCCGCUAGCGUGACACUCGCCCUUCGCCGUCACCCGUCAUCUCAUCCAGCCUCAAACCCUGGACAUUCAGUGGCAUUCUGUGACAGUCUGGACCAAUCACAGCGCCCCUGGUGGUCAGUUUUGUGGGGCUUCGCCCGCAGAACAAAGGGUGGCAGGUCCACCUGUAAGAGCUGUGCUUUGAACAGCCUAAAAAACAGAGGAGAUGGAUCAUAAAAGUCCAAAUUAUUAAGAACAGAUGGAGACACAUCAACCUCAAAUGGAUUGUCGCAUCCAACUUGCUUUUCAUAUAUUCUCUGAUCCAAGUUUGAUUUUUGUUUUUCCGGACGAUUCAGAUGAACGGCAGCCAAAGACGCGUGGCUCGCCCUCUUGCUGUUUAAUUCUGGAUCCAGAGCAGAAACUUCUCGAAGGGGAACGAGCCAAACUUUCAACGCCUCGUUCUUCCGUCCGGUGGACCCGAGCCCUCUUUAUUUGUUUAUCAUGUAGAGGUUGUUUAUUUUUUGUAUAAUUUCAAGAUGUUCAUACCAAACCCCUAAUGAUACCGGGGGUCAAAUAUCGCAAAUAUAUGUGUAGCAUGAAAAGAGAUUUCUGAAGAAACACACAAACUUCUGAGUUGAGAACUUCAACGUUUCAGUAUUGCGUUUCGUUAUAUGCCUGAUGGGAAAAAGUCACCAUAGACAUUGUGAAACACUGACAGUAAAUAUAAAGGGAGGCCGCCAUGACGGAGAUACAAGGGUAAGUAUCACGCCGACCUAUUCGGCCUGAAUUAUGAGUGGUAAAUGCAUAUCAAUCGCCAAAUCUGCCGCAUGGACGUAUCCCUUUAGAUCCCAAGAUGAUAUGUUACAUUAGUAUGGUCUAGUCAAUGAAUUCCACACCCAGCCAAACGUUCGGUUACAUCGCGAACUGAACCGAAGAAUGACUGCGGAUAUUUUUCGAAGCCUCAGUGUGUCAUUGGCCCUGUACUGUGCACCACCACUGUGGAUUUGGGUUGCCAUCUUACACUUUACAAGCUUCAUUCCCAUGUCUCUGAUGGCUCCGUAGUUCAAGAAAGCUAAUUAGCGGAGCUAAUUUAAAAAAAGAUGGUUUUUCAGGACAGUUUGGUCUGAGACCAGGAGACGUAGUCCUUCACCGUGUCCUAACCAAGUGCGACAUGACAAAUAAUUUGCCUGUUAGCUCCGAAUGUGAAAAUGCUGCAUGAUGCAACUAAAUCACAUCCACUCAGAACUUAUUUGAUAUGUAAUACAUAGCAACGUGGGUUUUGGACCAAUAAGACAAUGGUGGGCGGGGCUACAUACAGAUAAAUUUGGGAUUUGGACCA